UGAGAAGAUAACAUUAACAACUGCUGUCUGAGGAAAGCAGCUGCUUUGUUGCCAACAUGCAUGUCAUUAAGAGAGAUGGACGCCAGGAGGGAGUUACUUUUGAUAAAAUCACAUCUCGCAUUCAGAAGCUUUGCUAUGGACUCAACUGUGACUUUGUGGACCCUACCCAGAUUACAAUGAAGGUGAUCCAGGGUCUGUACAGUGGAGUCACCAUCGUGGAGCUGGACACUCUGGCAGCAGAGACCGCUGCCACCCUCACCACCAAACACCCGGACUAUGCACUCCUGGCUGCACGGAUUGCCGUUUCCAAUCUCCACAAAGAAACCAAGAAAGUAUUCAGUGAUGUGAUGGAGGACCUCUACAACUAUGUGAACCCCUUAAAUAAACGCCACUCGCCUAUGAUCUCCAAGGAGAUGCAUGCCGUUGUACUGGAAAACAAGGGUCGCCUCAACUCAGCCAUCAUUUACGACAGAGACUUCUCCUACAACUUCUUUGGUUUUAAGACUCUUGAGCGGUCGUAUUUGUUGAAGAUUAACGGCAAAGUUGCUGAGAGGCCCCAGCACAUGCUAAUGAGAGUGGCUGUCGGGAUUCAUCAAGGAGACAUUGAUGCAGCCAUUGAAACCUACAACCUGCUGUCAGAGAAGUGGUUCACCCACGCCUCCCCUACUCUGUUCAAUGCUGGCACCAACAGGCCACAGCUGUCAAGUUGUUUCUUGCUCGCCAUGAAAGAGGACAGCAUCGAGGGUAUUUACGACACGCUGAAGCAGUGUGCCCUCAUCUCCAAGACAGCUGGAGGUAUUGGAUUGGCCGUUAGCUGUAUCAGAGCAACGGGCAGCUAUAUAGCUGGGACUAAUGGCAUUUCCAAUGGGCUGGUUCCUAUGCUUCGAGUCUACAACAACACAGCACGUUACGUUGACCAGGGUGGGAACAAGAGACCCGGGGCCUUCGCUGUGUACCUGGAGCCGUGGCACUUCGAUGUGUUCGACUUCUUGGAGUUGAAGAAGAACACCGGUAAAGAGGAGCAGAGAGCCAGAGACCUGUUCUUCGCCAUGUGGAUCCCUGACCUGUUUAUGAAACGAGUGGAGAGCAAUCAGGACUGGUCUCUAAUGUGUCCCAGUGAUAGUCCUGGGUUAGAGGAAUGCUGGGGAGAGGAGUUCGAGCAGCUUUACACUCGGUAUGAGAAGGAGGGCAGGGUUAAGCGCGUGGUGAAGGCUCAGCAGCUGUGGCACGCCAUCAUUGAGUCUCAGACAGAAACUGGUACGCCAUACAUGCUCUACAAGGACGCCUGCAACAGGAAGAGCAACCAACAGAAUCUGGGCACCAUAAAAUCCAGCAAUCUGUGCACGGAGAUCGUAGAGUACACAAGCAAAGAUGAGGUGGCAGUGUGUAAUCUGGCAUCUAUUGCCCUCAACAUGUAUGUCACCCCAGAAAGGACCUUUGACUUCAAAAAGCUUGCAUCUGUCACCAAAGUCAUUGUCAAGAACCUGAACAAGAUUAUUGACAUCAACUAUUACCCCGUGAUUGAGGCUGAGAGGUCUAACAAGCGUCACAGGCCGAUUGGAAUUGGUGUGCAGGGUCUGGCUGAUGCCUUCAUCCUCAUGCGUUAUCCCUUUGAAAGCCCAGAGGCCCAGUUGCUCAACAUUCAGAUCUUUGAGACCAUUUACUACGCCGCCCUGGAGGCCAGCUGUGAGCUGGCAGCGCAGCUCGGCACGUACGAAACCUACUCUGGCUCCCCUGUCAGCAAGGGAAUCCUUCAGUAUGACAUGUGGGAUAAAACCCCAACAGAUCUCUGUGACUGGGAAACAUUGAAGGCGCAAAUUGCCAAGCACGGUGUGAGGAACAGUCUGCUCUUGGCCCCAAUGCCCACAGCUUCCACCGCCCAGAUCCUGGGAAACAACGAGUCCAUUGAGCCCUACACCAGCAACAUCUACACCCGCAGGGUGCUCUCGGGAGAGUUUCAGAUCGUGAAUCCUCACCUGCUGAAGGACCUCACAGACAGAGGACUGUGGAGUGAUAAAAUGAAGAACCAGCUGAUUGCUCAGAAUGGGUCUAUCCAGGAUAUUGAAGAGAUCCCCGAUGAUCUGAAGCAGCUGUAUAAAACCGUGUGGGAAAUCUCCCAGAAGACUGUCCUCAAGAUGGCAGCAGAUCGUGGGGCCUACAUUGACCAGAGCCAGUCCCUAAACAUCCAUAUUGCCGAGCCAAACUACAGCAAACUGACCAGCAUGCACUUCUGUGGUUGGAAGUUGGGCCUGAAAACCGGCAUGUACUACCUGCGGACGAAGCCUGCUGCCAACCCCAUCCAGUUCACCCUCAACAAGGAGAAAUUAAAGGAAGCCCAGUCAACCAAGACCGACGAGGAGACCAAAGAGAAUAACGUUGCUGCCGUGGUGUGUUCCUUAGCGAACAAAGAUGAUUGCCUGAUGUGUGAUUCCUAAGUGAAGUGUGGUCCCCUCAGAUAAACUCACUUCCCCUUAAUCACCAGCUUCCCAAUUAAAGAUAUAUUUUAGGAAACACCAUGUUCUUUUUAUUUUUGUAUAUGAUAUUGUAACCAGGGUUUUACAUAUGACACGGUCUUUAAGUCACAAAUAUUUGCUGUCUAUUGUAAUAUUUUCACAGAUUUCAUCAAUUGUGUUGUUAAAUUUUUGUACAGAAUUAAUAGGCGACAAAUAAUUAAUAUUUUCCCUUUGUGUUUCUUUUUAUCAAUACAUUUUUAUAAUAUGUUAAUGAAUUUCAUGUUUGUAUUUUAUGUGUGUAGGAAAUUAAACUUGUAAAAUGGUCAUAAUUGAAGUCUCAUUAUUUAUUAUUACACUAUU